GAAGGCGUAGGGCCAGUAAUCCAAGCACGAGGGACGCCGCCGCCAUCCUCUUCCCCUGGCCCGCCGCCCUCCCAGACUCUCCUCCUCCGGAUCCUCACCUCCCAGCUCUUGCAAGCACUCACUCGGCUGGUCGCUGCUGAUCCUCCUUCCCACAGGCUCACAGCGGAGGCAACAGCGAAGUGUCCGAUUUGGGCACGUGAGGCCCGUGAUCUCCGGCAGUGGACGCCAGGCAGGGCAAGGCCGUUGGUGGGUGCCAGAAUGGACAGGGGGGAGCGAUGAGAUGGAAUUCAGCAGAAGAUAGAUUGGAGGCAUGAAGACCCCCAACGCACAGGAGGCCGAGGGGCAACAAACUAGGGCAGCUGUGGGACGGACCACUGGGUCUGCAAACAUGAUGAAGAAAAAAGCCUCCCAAAAGAAGCAGAGGGGCAGACCUUCCUCCCAGCCCCGCAGGAACAUCGUGGGCUGCAGAAUUUCUCACGGAUGGAAGGAAGGCGAUGAGCCCAUCACCCAGUGGAAAGGAACCGUUCUGGAUCAGGUGCCUAUAAAUCCCUCUCUUUAUCUGGUGAAAUAUGAUGGAAUUGACUGUGUCUAUGGACUGGAACUUCACAGAGAUGAAAGAGUUUUGUCUCUUAAAAUUCUUUCCGACAAGGUGGCAUCAUCUCAAGUUAGUGAUGCCAACCUUGCAAAUAUGAUAAUUGGCAAAGCAGUGGAACAUAUGUUUGAGGGUGAGCAUGGUUCUAAGGAUGAAUGGAGGGGGAUGGUCUUAGCCCAAGCACCUAUCAUGAAAGCCUGGUUUUAUAUUACAUAUGAGAAAGAUCCUGUCUUGUACAUGUACCAGCUUCUAGAUGAUUACAAAGAAGGUGACCUCCGUAUCAUGCCAGAGUCCAGUGAGUCUCCUCCAGCAGAGAGGGAGCCAGGAGGAGUUGUAGAUGGUCUGAUAGGUAAACAUGUGGAAUAUACCAAAGAAGAUGGCUCCAAAAGGAUCGGCAUGGUCAUUCACCAAGUGGAAGCCAAACCUUCUGUGUAUUUCAUCAAGUUUGAUGAUGAUUUCCAUAUCUAUGUCUAUGAUUUGGUGAAAAAGUCCUGUUAGAGUAAAAUUUGCCAGUUUCGUAGAGGCAAAUGUAUAAUUUAUAGACAUGUGAUAAAUGUUGACUUUUCAGUGUAUUGGAAGCUUAAGGUUUCCUGAUAACCCAACAUCUUUGCCAGCAUAACUGUUGUUUUGUUCUGAAAAAUACAAAUUUAUGUGGACGUGAAA